UGCGAGCGGCGGGCCGGGAGUGGGAAUGAGAGAAUACGUUCCGUCCAAAGACUCUUCACUCUCACCAGAGGUUUUAGAAGUGAGGUUUCUGCAGAGCACUCUCCCAGGCGGUGCUUCUACCUUCCGGCCUUACCACUCCUUCCCCCCCUCCCCCCCCCCCCCCCCCCGGGUCCCGGUUCCCACCGAACACCCCUACCCGCACGUCGCCACGCCUUUGCUCCGGCCAGGCCUCUGCCGAUGACCGGGAACGCCCAUUCACCCUCCCGGAACAGUCGCUACCCCCGCCCCCCCGAGCCUCGCACUGCUUUCGAAUCUCCGAUUCCCAAUACCCGGCCUCGGAAAUGUCACGGGGGCUUCCCGGACUCUAAAACGCAUAUCUCUUCCGGCUGGAAGGGGAGCCUCGAGAAGCAGUGUGAGGCCCUGGCCAUUUUCCUGGCCGGCGACAGAGUUCCUGGCGCAGACCGAAUGACGCCAUUUUUGUUACUGGUAGAGCUCGGCUUGGAGGCUGUUGCUGAGCCUGCGAAAGAUAAGCUAAUGCGUCAUCCAGACCCCCCAAGGAGGGCUGGAGGGGAAAGGGAAUUUCGGGCUAUGUUGAGUCCGUUUGUGGAAGCAGGGAGCCGGGCUCGUCUUGAGAAGGGGCUUUGGGGUUCUGAGAGGAGAGCCAGGGAACUAGUGACAUACAAGGACGUGGCUGUGGACUUCACCCAGGAAGAGUGGCAGCACCUGGACCCUGCUCAGAAGACCCUACACAGAGACGUGAUGCUGGAGACCUACAGCCACCUGGUCUCUGUGGGGUGUUCAGGUAUAAAACCAGGUAUAAUCUUCAAGUUGGAACGUGAAGAGGACCCAUGGAUCAUAAAGAGUGAAUUGUCAACGUGGAUCCACUCAGACAGGGAGAAAAGCCUUGACUCUUCUCAGCAGAUCAUUUCUGAAGAACUUUCAUUUCAAAAGGAGAUAUUGGAAAAAGCCCCAAAGGGUAAUUCAUUGUACUCUCUCUUAAAAGUCUGGCAUAUUGAUGGUCAGAUAGAUAGGUAUCAAGGAAACCAAGACAGAGUUUUGAAGCAGGUCACAGUCAUUAGCCAUGAAACACUGGCCAAGGAGAAAGGCCCCAAAUGUAAUACAUUUGGAAAAAUAUUUGGUGGGUGCACAGACCUUGAUCCUUCAAGUAAAAAACCCUGUGAUUUUGAUUCAUAUGAAAAGAGCUUGAAAUCUGAUUUAGACUCACUGACAUGCAGUGGGAGCUAUGCAAGAAAGAACCCCAUUGAGAAAUUUGGAUGUGGGACACCACCUAGCUAUAGUGAUUCCUUUUCUGUGCCUGAGAAAAUUUAUAUUGGCAUGAAACCCUGUGGAUGUAGUCGAUGUGAAAAAGGUCUCAAUCAUAAAGAAGUCCGUGUUCAGUGUAAAAAAGAUCAAGCUGGUAAGAAGCCCAAUGUUUGUAGUGAGUGUGGGAAAAGCUUUCUUAAGAAGUCACAGCUUAUUAUACAUCAAAGAAUUCAUACUGGACAGAAACCGUAUGUAUGUGGAGAUUGUGGAAAAGCCUUCAGUGAGAAAUCACACCUCAUUAUGCAUCAGAGGAUUCAUACUGGGGAGAAACCUUAUGAAUGUACUGAAUGUGGGAGGGCGUUCUCCCAGAAGUCACCCUUCAUCGUUCAUCAGAGAGUCCACACUGGAGAGAAACCCUAUGAAUGUUUUGAGUGUCAAAAAGCUUUUUCUCAGAAGUCACAUCUCAUUAUACAUCAGCGAGUUCAUGCUAGAGAGAAGCCCUUUGAAUGCAGUGAAUGUGGGAAAGCCUUCUGUGAGAAGUCUCACCUUUUUAUACACCAGGUAACUCAUACUGGGGAGAGACCCUAUAAAUGUACCGAAUGUGAGAAAACCUUCCCUCAGAAAACACAACUCAUCAUCCAUCGGAGAACACAUACUGGAGAGAAACCCUAUAGGUGUAGUGAAUGUGGAAAAACCUUUUGCCAGAAGUCCCACCUCAUAGGGCAUCGAAGAAUUCAUACAGGAGAGAAACCUUACAUAUGUACUGACUGUGGAAAAGCCUUUUCCCAAAAGUCACACCUUACUGGACAUCAAAGGCUUCAUACUGGAGAAAAACCUUAUAUAUGUACAGAGUGUGGAAAAGCCUUCUCUCAGAAGCCACCUCUUAUCAUACACCAGAGAAUUCAUACAGGGGAGAAACCCUAUGAGUGUAGUGACUGUGGCAAAACCUUCUCUCAGAAAUCACCCCUCAUUAGUCAUCAGAGAAUUCAUACAGGGGAGAAACCCUAUGAGUGUACUGAGUGUGGAAGGGCCUUUUCCCUGAAGUCACAUCUCAUUAUACAUCAGAGAGCUCAUGCUGGACAGAAACCAUAUGAAUGUAGUGAAUGUGAAAAGACCUUCUGUGAGAAGUCUCCACUAGCUGUACAUCAAAAAACUCAUACUAGGGGGGCGCCUGGGUAGCGCAGUCAUUAAGCGUCUGCCUUCAGCCCAGGGCGUGAUCCCGGCGUUAUGGGAUCGAGCCCCACAUCAGGCUCCUCCGCUGGAAGCCUGCUUCUUCCUCUCCCACUCCCCCUGCUUGUGUUCCCUCUCUCGCUGGCUGUCUCUCUCUCUGUCAAAUAAAUAAAUAAAAUCUUCUAAAAAAAAAAAACAAAAAAAACCCUCAUACUAGGGAGGAAACCCUCUGACACUGCUGAAUAUGGGAUGGCUUUUUCCUGGAAAUCACAGAUGAUCACAUAUCAGAGGACACACACAGAGGAGAAACCCUCCAAAUGCAGUGACUAUGGGAAGGUGUUCUGCCAGCAUAUACGCCUUACUGGACAUCAGAAUCCAUGUAGGAGAGAAACCUCAUAUAUGUACUGACUGUGGGAAGGCCUUCCCAGAAGUCAGAUCUCACUGUGUGUGAAAAAACUCACACUGAACAGAAAUGCUAUGGAUGUGUUGGACAUGAAAAAAAUGUGGCACCUCCUUAACUAUAGAACAGACUCAUAUGUUCCUAAGUAUUUUUCUUUAAAGAUUUUAUUUAUUUAUUUAUUGGGGGGAGGAUAGGAGAGGGAGAAGGACAAGCAGACUCCAUGCUGAGCUCAGAGCCCAACGUGGGGCUCGAUCUCAGGACCCUGAGAUCAUGACCUGAGCUGAAAUCGACUGAGCCACCCAGCCACCCCAGUUCCCAAGUAUUUCUGAAUACCCCUCCACAGAAUGAUCUGGUCAGGCUCUCAGAAUAUUUUCAACACUGUAAAUAGGAAAUGCAUUUGUUCACCCUCAAAGUAUCCCAUCCCCCCCCCGCCACAGAAUAAACGUGUCUGGAACAG